GAUACGCCUCGAUUAUAUAAACAUUCCAGUUAAAAUACCUAUAGUGGACAAUAUCCUUAUACUUCGCUAAUAAUAUGGUGAUGGCAGGGAACGAAAGCACUCCUGGAUCUUUAGCAGAAGAUUCACUAUCCACAAGAUUGCAAUGGCUUCGCCAACGUCGGGAAACAUUGCAAGAAAAGCUAGCUCAAAAAAAUAAUGAACUUAAAAAUUUAUGCGUUGAGGAAGCAGAACUAACUGGUAUUUUACCACCAGAAAUUCCAUUAGAACCUGGAGAAAGCCCACCAAUAUUUCGUAAAAGAGUUGGAACUGCAUUUACAUAUCCACAGAAUUUAAUUAAUAAACUGAAAACAAAUGAAGUUGAGGAAUCUGCCUUAGAAUUGGAACGACAAGUUCAACUUGGUAUAGUAGAAGCUGCUUUAGGAAUUGUGAAUGAUCCAACAGAAAGCAAAGCUGUACGCCGUAAACAUAGGCUUGUUUACCAACAAAGUCAGCGUAGACUUCAAGAAUUAGAAGCCCGUUUAAAUUUCAUAAGACAAAGUCGUAGUAAAACGCAUCAUUCGACACAACUUCAACAUCCCAAUAUUUGUAAUGCUCAACCACAUUUACAUGCAAAUGUAAAGCAUAGGACAAAGAAACCUCGGCCACCACUGGAUGGCACUGUAAACGACGUGAGUACGAAAGUUACAAGAGGAUUGCUUCAAGAGAGUGGUGUAAGCUUAAGUCCGUUAGGAUCUGAAGAUAAGUGUAAUACUUAUCCUAGUCACGGAUACGACGAUCAACCGCUAGUAUCUAAUACCUGUAAUCACAAUCAUAUCGGUGCUUAUUGCCCCACAAUUUCUGACCAGCGACAAAGUAUCAAGAUAAUAGAGCAUGAUCAUAAUGAUAAUCAGAAUGUUUACAUACUACCUGAUCAAUAUCGUACGCGAACGUAUUCUCAUGGCAGCGGUGGUUCGCGUACUCAGAAUCACUAUCAAGAUAGCGAACGAAUGUAUCGUCCUCUCCCAACUACGUAUGCCGAAGAUGAAAGACAAUUACGAUAUCGUCAGUUUCAACAACAAGAACCAACCUAUAAUUAUCAACAAUACUCUGACUAUAAACAUUUAGACAAUGACGUCCAGCGAAGAUCUGGUCAAGAAUAUUACGAAAGAGACUUCCGUAUGUUACAUUAUACACACAUACCGGAAUUUCCAAUGUAUCAUAAAAGUAAUUCUCAAUCACAGUGUUUACUAAGACGAGACCGUGACUCUAAUGGAAGUAAAAACUUACGAUAUACAGAUUCGCCGAGUGAAACACAAUUACCAUCAGGUUACUGGAUGCGAUACGAAGAUGAAAUUGUUUGGUGCGCAGAUGAUCAACCUGUUUCAGAUAGAUUUGGUAGUCUAGAUCGAAGGAAACGUAAUGCUGUUCAACACGCUGGUAUUAUUGGUACUGAUAUACAACCACGAUAUCGUACGGUAUCUGUAGGAUGUAACAAAAAUUCUCCUUACAUCGCACCUCAUCAAAAUGCUUCCGUCCAUCUGCUUCCUUUGUCUGAACAACCACCAACUACCAAUAAAAUGUUACUUCGAACGCAAUCUUUAGGUAGCGUCGAGAAAUGGCAUUCGAAUCACUUGCAUGAAUUGCUUGAUAGUAAGGAUACAACGGAUAAUGUUAGUCGGAAGGGAAAAGAAAAGGAAUGGUAUGAAACCUCUUUGGAUUCAGGCACAAGUCCAGGAUCAGAUAUCAAUUUAAUCUCAUCGCACAAAAAUAUUCAUUAUCAAUCUACUUUGCCUGUGUGCUCCAAAUCGUCUACCAGUAGCAACGGCGAAGAUGGAAAAAGUAAUUAUAUUCCUUCAGUAAAUCAUCGUAAAACUGAUAUAAUAACGACUGAAAAUGACCAGCAUUUACAAUCAUUGUCAGCUCGUUAUGAACCAACUCGAAAGAAAGUACUGGAAAUUCCAGCCGAGUCAAAAUCGCCUCAAGAGGCAAACGAGGAGACCAUUAUAUUAGGAUCGUCUCAGAAUUGUACGAUCGUUCAGGCUGGGAAGUAUCAACCAUAUAGAGAAGUUACAAAACCUUUUGAAAUGUCUGAUUUCUAUAAAUAUUCCACUAAAUUUCGUAAGAGAAAUGAAGCAAACGGACAGAAUGUUUCAAAUGAAACACAAGAUGAUUCUCGAGCGGCACACUAUUCUGGAACAAACGAUAUAUUUGGAGAAUCCGAGUCUUCGGAUAUCACACAUAAUGGAUCAAUUGCUAGUUCGGUUCAAAAGAGAAUAUAUCAGCCGGUCCAAAGAAUGACGUGUCAGCCUUAUCUCACGUCAUUAAGAUAAUUUUUGAGUACGUACAGAUUAGAAAUAAUCUAAAAGAAUGGCAUG